AUGGAUGGUUCCGAAGGAACCCAUGUGCAGAUUGGCGGCCACACGGUGCUACUUGGUAGCGAACUGAGGCACAUUGGCUCCAAAAAAAGGAGGCCAGCUAGCGCAGGGUCACAAAGGAGGCCCUCCAGCGCAGGCUCUCAAGUCAGCCAUCGUCAUGGCCCAACUUCGGAUGAUCAGGUGCUGAGCGCCCAGGACAUCCAUAGCUUCGCUGCAAGAUGGGCCGCGGGGCCCUGGCCGGUGCUUGAGGAGAGAAGAACGGUCAUCGUCCAUCCUCAGCAACCAGCAGGGGAAGACGGAGUUGUUCGGAUACCGCAUCUGGUAGGCGGAAAGUUAGAAAAGCACCGUGACAAUGACGAGUGGGUUCUGGUCGUGGAGACUUGCCACCAGUGCGAGUGCCAUCGCCAAGAAUGGCUGCGUCAUGAUCCGCAAGACUACAGGUCCGGCUUGGAAGUGGUGCGGUCCGCCUGUAGGGCCCUGGACGGCGCCCGGCCGGUGCACUGCUUCCAUUUGGAGACGCCGGACCUGGGGCAACGGAUCGGUGCCUUCGAGGUCUUCCUGCUGCCCCCGCGAAUCUGCGAGCCGGCGUAUUUUGCUUACCUCGUUCAUUCGAAGCUGUUGACCCGCAAAUGGCCCAGCCAUCAAAGCCUUGUCCACAGGCUUCGGGAUGAUAUGCCGCGCCUGGAUCAUCGUGGCUGGAAGUUGGCCCUGCAUGGCUUGAAGAGCAAUCUGGACAUCUUCAGCUGUUGGAAGAAGGCGCAGGAAGAAGUGAAACACCUGGAAGAGGAGAUGGGCGAGCUGGCGAGUCAUGCGGAGAAAAGGGUUGCAGACUUGGAACAGCAACUAAGCGAGCUUCCAGAAGUCCAGUACCAAGUGGAGCAGUUGGAAGAUGAGAAAAGUGAUCUGCUGGAUCAGCUGAGGAGCUGCCAGCAGGACUGUGAUGCAGCGAAGAGGCGCGGGAAAGAUCUCGAACGGGAGAUGCAGCAGAUGAAGGAGUCAAGUCUUGUGACCGAAGGGGAGCUGAAGAGACAGCUGCAGAAGACAGAGAAUCAGCUAAAGGAGAGGGAUGCCACCAUGAAAGCCCUGGUAGCGAACCAACAGCAGAUGUUGGAGGCGCAAGAAAGCGCCGGGAGUAGCAACCAGGCUUUGCAGAAAGAGUUGGAGACGGCGCGUGUGGAGUGGGCCAAAUGUGAAGUUCAAAUCCUCCACUUGGAGGAUGAGAAGAGGAAACUCACUGCAGAACGAGACUCGCGAAGAAGUGAAAUUUCUGGCCUGAAUGAGGAGCUGGAUGAGAUGAAAAGUGGCAACUUGCAGCUGCAGAAGCAGCUAGAGGAGAUACAAAGAGAUUCCGAGAUGAAGGAUGAGAGACUCAGUCAGAUUGGUGAACUGGAGCUGGCCAUACAGCAACUGGAACAUCAAAAGCGAGAACUCACUGAGAGCUUACAGGUCUGUGAGCAGCAGAAGUGGGUGGCAGAGACGGAGCAGAAGAGUCUGAACCGAAGCAUUUUGAGCACCUCUUUGCGUGAAAAAGAACUGCAGAAGGAACUUUGGCUCAUGGAGGAGAUGAAGGUUACUGCAGAAGAGGAACUUCGGGUGGAAUUGGAGGAACUCAAGGCGAAGUUGGAGGAGAAAGAGGCGAAGUCCGAGGAGAAAGAUGUCACCAUCAGAGAACUGGCAGCGAGCCAGACGCGUUUGUUGGACGCCCAGAUGGCAGGAGCCAGCGAAGCUCAGCAGAGAGAAUUGGAGUUUCUUCGGCAGCGGCAGGAAUUUGAGGGCCAAAUCAGAUGCUUGGAGGAGGAGAAGGGAAAGCUUGGUAGCAGACAAGAAGCCCAGCGAACUGAAGUGGAUGGCCUGCGUCAGGAGCUGGAAGAGAUGGAGAGCAGAAAUUCCCAGCUGAAGAAACAGCUGGAGCAGCUGGAGGAGUCUCUGCGACUUCAAGCAGCCCAGCACCGGGCUGAUCGAUCUGCUGGACAGACUUGCCGAGCUGCCUCUGUAGGCUACACUGUCAGAGCCACCAGCUUCACUGGCGCCUAUGCAGGCUGCACUGUCAGAGCCACCAGCUUCACUGGAACCUCCACCAAUGAGGGCUGCACAGGUGCCUAUGCAGGCUACACUGUCAGAGCCACCAGCUUCACUGGUGCCUAUGCAGGCUACACUGUCAGAGCCACCAGCUGCACUGGUGCCUAUGCAGGCUACACUGUCAGAGCCACCAGCUUCACUGGAACCUCCACCGAUGAGGGCUGCACAGGACCAACCGCAGGACUUUCCAGACGGCGCUGUCAGGUGCCAGUGCCAUCUGGAGUGGUUGCUCCCAGCGCUCCAACGGAUCCACCUGUGCUGCUGGAGCAUCUGGAGCAUCUGGAGCCCGAGCGACCCGAGCGGGCCACGGUAGAGGAUGUGAGGCGCUCGGAAGUUAGCGACGAGGAAGUGUCGACUGUGUCAACCGACACUGACAUCGAUGUUGCCAACAGAUGCAGCUACAAGCACCCUGCGCAAGCGCCCAGCUUCGCAAAGCACGCAGCUGCGAGAGUUUUUCCAAAGACUCCCGCCAAAUUCACUUUGCUUGAGGAGUCGUUGCGAGGUGCCCACUAUUCUGUUCUCAUCCCACUGGAGGGAUUGGUUGAGACCAAGUUUCAACCAACAACAAUUCUCGCACACGUGCCUCCGAUGAUUAGUGCGCUGAUGUGUGUCGCCUCACAGCUGAGACUACAACCCACGCAGGCCUUGCUGCUUUUGGCGCCGCGCUUGGAAGAAGCUAUCUUCAUCCUGCAACGUUUAGUCAUCAGUGAAUCUUGGCGUGGCCCACUUUACCUGGUGCUUCUGACUGGUGAGCUGCGCAAAGAGAAUCUGGAGCACCAUCCUAUGCUCCAGCCCCUUCUUGGUGAAGGUUCCACAUCGACGCUGCAAAAUGUCAGGUGCUUCUCGGUGGAGGAUCGCUUGGAAGGGCGACGUGGGGCCGUCACCAUGGUGCUGCAGCAGCUCCUUGCGGAGGUGCAGGCUCAAACCGGAGGUGUUGGAGUUGACGCCAUUUUGGCGUUAGAAAUGGACCUGAGUCCUGAGGAGAGAGCAUUUGAUGCUGCAGGUGAUAUAGAUGCUGCUUGUGUGGCCCUAGAACCAGCACCACGGCAGCAGAGCCUGCUCCGAAGCCUCAUUGGGGCCAUGGCUUUGGGCGGUCGCCUGGUGACCAGCUCUGGAAAGAUGGAGAUGUCACCGGAUGAUGCCCAGCACCUCUGGGCCAAAGAGUGCUCCAUCUCCUUUUUCAACCCUCAUUGCAUGCCCCUGUCAAUGCUUCGACACGGUGAGCUGCUGCAUGCAGCUACAGAGGUUUGCAGUCAAAUCGUGUCAGGUGAGUUGUGUGUCGCUGAUUCUGAAGUUGCGCAGUUUUAUCUCUUUGAUCAAUUCCAACAAGCUCUGGAUGCAGCAAGCCACAAGCUUUCAGGGGUCCGAAAGUAUAGCAGCACUGAUGCUUCAGGCUCGCAACUUGUGACCCUGCUGCUGUGA